CACAUUACACACGACACAGCCAACCAGCCUCGAGAGAGAGAGAGACAGAUGGACACACGAGACAGACACCACGAGAGGCACACUCACUAUCACAGGUCAUCAGCAGGAAAUAAUCCGCCGCAACUGCAGCUGUAGGGUAUCUUCUGUCCCGCCUGCCAUCGAAUGGGCUUAAUGGGAUACUUAGGAGUGCCGUCAGCAUUCUUCCGUCCAUCAUAGAUGCCGUCCGGGAAGAGCGUACCGCUGUGGGACAGGCCCUCUCGCCAUUCGCCCUGGAACCACAACACAGAACGACACUCGUCAUAGUAUGCCUUUCCCUGGCCAUGUCGCUUGCCAUAUGCGAAGCUGCCUUGGUAAUUGCCGUCCUUCCACUCGCCCUUGUGGAUGACUCUGUUGCGGCCGUCUCGCAGUUCCCCCUCUCCAUUUGGCUGCCCGUCAAGUGGUAGAAGUUCUGUUCCCACGGCAUGCCCGUCGCCACUCCGUCUCCCUUCUUCUCUCCAUCUUCCCAGCCGCCCUCGUAGGUCACCUUGCCGCCAGUGAGCUCCUCGCCUUUGCCGUGUCGCUUGCCGUCCUUGAAGCCGCCCUUGUAGACGACGAGACUGCGGUAUCGCACUUCUCCCUCUCCAUUUGGCUGCCCGUCUUGUGUCUCGCCGUGGUAGUAGUGGCCCUGCCACCGUCCCUUGUCGUCUUUGAGCUCCAUGAAGCCCACCUUUCCUUUCCCUCUGUAUGUCUUCUCUCCGUUGGCCCACUCGCCCUCGUACAACAGCUGGCCGUCGUUCUGCUGGAGCUCUGUCCCACGGCCGUGCGGUCUGCCGUCGAGGGUGGGGCCGUGAUAGUAGCCAAGCCGCUGUCCCCUGUCGUCUCUGAGCUCCAUGCCGCCCGCCGUCCCGUUGCCCUUCUUCUCUCCACCUGCCCAGCCGCCCUUAUAGGUCACCUUGCCGCGACUGAGCUCCUCACCCUCGCCGUGCCGCUUGCCGUUCACCCAGCUCCCAGUGUACUCGAGAAUAUGCUGCCGUGUGCUCGAAUCGUAGUGCGGAAGCUCCCUGCCCUGUCCGUGCCGUUUGUUGUCUCUCCACUCGCCCUCAUAGACCUUCACCAUUCUCCCGUCGAGGGCUUUGUAUUCGGUACCCAUCUGUCCCUGCCGCUUACCAUCCGCAAAGUCGCCCUCGUACACGAGACACAUCUUGGUCUCCAUUUGGCGCUGCUGGUUGCGCGUCUCGAAUGAAGCGUAUUCUUUGCCCUUGCCGUGCUUUUUGCCGUCUUUGAAAUCGCCCUCAUAUGUCGUCUCGCCGGAGUGCUCAUCGAAAACGAUUCCGUAGCCAUCGUAUUUGCCGUCUUGCCAGUCUCCCUCGUAUCGUUUGACCUUCCGGUCCGCCGUGCUCAGAAGGCCAAAGCCGUGUGGCUUCUCAUUCUGCACCGUGCCGUGAUAGAAACCACGAUCCCACACCAAGUCUCGAGGCUCCCGAUGCAGACUCGCCAACGUGUCCUUCUGCCCACACAUAAUCACACAUGCAGACAGACAGACAGACAGAGACAGACAGACAGAGGGACAGACAGCCAGAUGCAUGCGGUUCUUGGCGAGAGUGGCUGGCUGGAUGGCAUGUUUGUGUACUGUACCUGCUCAUGUCGAGCGCGUAGCUCGGCGUUUUCCUUGCGAAGCUCUUCGAUGAUUCGGUCCUUGUCCUUGACCUGAGCCUGAUGAUCAGCCAGCUGAGCCUGAUGAUCAGCCAGUCAGUCAGUGAUUAGUCUCAAUGAAUGAAGGGCUGUUUGACAGUCACGUCAGGUCAUGGCUUCCCUACCUCCAGUUUCCGCUUGUCCGCCCUCAACUCCUCUUGACUCGAGGUGAGGAAGUCAAAAUACUUGUGAAACUGCUCAGCUGUCAUCGAUGUCUGACUGUCGGAUUGCAUACUCGCCGAUGCACCUCCGGGGGUGUCCUGAAAGCCAAGUGGGACACACGCAGGGACAGCAAUGCAGGCCAGGCUGAUGUAGGCUGAUGCAUGCCAUUGGCCUCCGGCCCCCUCUCUUACAUCGGCGCGGGAAAGGAGGCGACUGAUAUCACCGAGGUCAACGACCACUUGGGGCUGAGAGCCCGUGCCGCUGGGCCCAUGGGGGUUGCUGGGCGCACUCAUGUGACGGCAAGGGCAGCGCGGAGGACACCGACCAAGUUGAUUUCAAGUUCAAGUUCACUUCAAGUUCG